AUGCGCACUUCGCUAUUCCUUGCUUCUGCGCUAUGCAGUCCAUUCGUUUAUGCAGCUCCUCGUUGUGCUUUAGAGAAAGGCCACAAGGGCACUACUUUCUCCGCAGAGGACACUAAUGAGGUUGAUGUGGUUAUCCUUGGUGGUGGCGCCACAGGUACCUACACUGCCCUCAAGCUCAUGGACAAAAAGAAGUCCUUCGCCGUUGUAGAGAUAUCGGACAAGCUCGGUGGCCAUGUGGAGACGUUCAUUGACCCUACCAGCCACAGGCCUAUCGACUACGGUGUGCAAGCAUACAUCAGCAACGAUCAGACCAAGGAAUUCUUCGGUCGCUUCAACACUCCCAUGAUCAACGCAACCCUGUCGCCUUUCCCAUCCAAGAUUGUCGACUUCAACAGCGGCAUCAUGCCGCCGAACGCAACUGCCGUCAACCCAACGGACCUGAUAGGACCGCUCGCAGGCUAUCUCUUCAACACCAUCGGUUUCCAGGGUAUCGCCGAAGGAGCCUACGAUCUUCCCAGCCCUGUGCCCGCAGACCUGUACAUGCCCUUUGGUGCCUUUGUGGCCAAGCACAACCUCACAGAGGUUCUCCAGGUUGUCUGGAUCUUUGCCCACGGCGUCGGCAACCUGUUGGAAACCCCCACUCUCUACGUUCUCCAGAACUUCGGCGCACCUCAUCUCCUUGGACUGAGCGCUGGUUACCUCGCCACUGCUGCCCCCGGCGGUCUCCAAGAGGUCUACGACAAGGCAGCUGCCGCACUCAGCAAGAGCAUCCUUUUCUCGAGCAAGAUUACCAAGACCACCCGCAGCAGCAGCGGCGUCACCGUUGAGGUCCAAACCCCGAACGGCCCUAAGGUCAUCAAGGCGAAGAAGCUCCUUGUCACCAUCCCCCCAACGCUCGAGAACCUGGAAGGCUUUGACCUGACCUCUGCCGAGACGGCCUCCUUCUCCCAGUGGCAGCGUAUCCCCUACUUCGUCGGCGUUAUCCACAACACCGGCCUCCCCGACCUCACCAGCUUCUACAACGUCGACCUCACCAAGCCCACCUUCCUGCCCGAAGACAAGUUCGUCUGGCGCAUCGAAACCGUCGGCGUCCCAGGCUACCUGACCGUCAAGGUUGUCGGCGAGCCAGACUCCGACAAGGCCAAGAAAAUGGUCAGCGAUGUCGUUGCCCGCAUUGGAAAGAACUACGGCGUCGAGACCAAGACUGAGUUUGCGGCGUGGGGCGAGCACAAGAACCUGCAGCUACAUGUCGAGCCCACCGCUAUUAUGAACGGCUUCUACGCUGACUUGUACAAGCGGCAGGGAGAGCGCAGCACGUACUACGCUGGUAAUGCUUUGGCUUCUGACUACUCGCCUUUGUUGUGGGCUUUCGUUGACAAGCACAUCAUGCCCUCGCUUCUCAAGUAA